GGGUGUCUAGAUGCACUAGAUGGUACAUACGGUAACGUCCGAGUCCCAUCAAAAGAUAGGGGAAGAUAUAGGAAUCGAAAGGGUCAAGUAUCAGUUAAUGUACUUGGGGUGUGUGAUAGAAAUAUGAACUUCGUCUACAUGCUUUGUGGAUGGGAGGGGUCUACUGCUGAUAAUCGAGUACUAAGAGAUGCAAUCACUAGGGCAAAUUCUCUCCGAGUCCCAAAUGGACAAUAUUAUUUGGUGGAUGGUGGUUACACUAAUGGUCCUGGCUUUCUAGCGCCAUAUAGGGGUGUGCGAUAUCAUUUAGAUGAAUGGGGUACAGGGUCUCGCACUCCACAGAACUUUAGAGAACUCUACAACCUUCGUCACGCCAAAGCUAGAAACGGGGUUGAACGUGCUUUUGGCAUUCUUAAAAUGCGUUGGGCAAUUCUUAGGAGUAACUCUUUUUACCCCAUUAGGACCCAAAAUCGCAUCAUCAUGGCGUGCGCGCUUAUUCACAAUUUAAUACGCACAACAAUGCCCGAAGACCCCAUCGAGAAUGAGAUUCCAGAAUUCCUGAUACCUUCCACACCAACGACUGACGACGACUACAUAGAUCAAGUUGAAAGCAACAAUGAAUGGACCCAGAAGCGCGAUCUCUUAGCCCAACAAAU